GUUAAGUUUCAAGUUAAAUUGUUUAGAAAAUAGAAAUAAAAAUGUCUGGAAACCAAAAAAAUUUGGACAACCGUUCGGGUCAAUUGAACACCAACAACGAGAAAUUCUAUUCAAGCAGAGGCAUGGACGAACGUCCAAGUGACUGGGCCACUUCUAACUACGGCUCGUCUGGCAAUUCACCGACCCAAAGGGAUUUGGAUAAUCACAGUAACCAAAAGAAUCCGAACAAUCCUGAAUAUGGUCAUUCCAGAAGUGCUGGGAGCAAGAAAUAGGAGGUUUCGAUCCUUAUCCAGUUUUCAUGAAGAAACCAGACCACUUCAAUGAUUUCUUCAAAUAUUAUUGCUAAUGCUUAUAUCAAUGUAUUAUGUUAUCUUUUUCAGAAUAAUAUCAAUACCUGUAACCAUUGAAAAUGUAUAGUAACUAGUAUGCUUUAAUAAAUCAUAUUAACCAUCUAAA